AUGAUUCGGUUUUUAGUUUUGACCGAAACUGAAAAGAACGCCGACAGAAGCUUGAUUCCGCUAAAAAGAAAAGCUUUAUUGCUUUAGUUUUUCUACUUUCUUUCAUACUUCAUUUUAAAAAGAAAAGAUCACUCCUUUAUUUUUGUCGAAUUAUAUAUUUGUUUGUUCCUGCUUCCUCUGUUCUUUAGGAGAGCGGUAUUUUUUUGCGCCACUAAAGUUUCAUUUCGGAUCAGGUUUUUCUGAAUAAAGGGAUUCAUUGAUUGGAGUGAAAAAGAUGGCUCAUGCUGCAUUAGUGUAUCUCAUGUCACUACUGGACACAGAACUGAUACAGUUUUCAUUUAGAGUUCUGGAAAUUGAGGAAGAAAAGGCCACAGUUUUUCUUCUCAGAGCUGAUGAAGUUGUCUCCAAAUUGAGUGAAUUUAAGAAUCUGAGAGAUGUUCCAGAUUCUUAUAUGAUGCAACUGAGAAAAGGGUCGGAACCUUUAUCACUCCCGAUCAGUGAAGAUUUUAUCAAUGCGGCUCGAUCUCCAAAAGUGCUACUUGAUAGCAGACCCAUUAUGAAAAGAAUCCCAAAUAUUCUGGAUCAACUCUAUCACGGAUAUUUUGAUGCUUCCAUGGUGAUGUACGGAUUAGAUGAAGAAGUUGUUAGUCAUCCAGCUCCCAUUUUGAUACAACAGCAGGAUUUGCUAAAUGAUCUGCUUUCUGCCAACGAGCAGUUUUUAAGGAUCAUUGACUUCUUUAAUCGAUUGAUACAAAAAGCCGAAGCUCCUUAUUCCGUUGCCAGCAGUUUGUUGAAAAAACUCAAGGUUACUAAUCUUCAUGAGGUGAAUCACAUAAAAAUUGCUGCGGAAAAAGCUGCAGAAUCCAUUGAGGAUAUGUUGACAGUGGUUAGGAAUCAUUUAUUUGAGAAGGAAGACUUUACGGAAGAUUCCAGCUUUCAUGAUUUAGUGGAACACAUUGGCCACACUUUAGAGGGGGCAUAUGAUUCCCUGAAGGGUCUAAACAGAUUUAUGGUUGUUGGCUCCGUUCAGGGGCAUCUAAGGUUUCUAAAUCAAAUCUUUGAACCCUGUUGUGCUCCUUCAGAGCCAGUAAGGUUUCAAGAUGCAGAUUUGUUGACUGAUUUAGAUGAAGAUGUAAGACAUAUGAUUCAAGAACUAACUAAACAAUCACAUGGGCUAACAAUUCUGCAAGUCUCCGAGAUGGGUUGCAUUGGUAAACCUACUCUAGCAGAGAAGGUUUUUCGUCACGAAACUGUGGUACGGCACUUUGAAUGUCUUGCACGAAUUGGUAGCGUCUCAACUAUUGACCAAGUGCUGUCCCAUCUGUUGUAUUCCAUUGCUCCAACUUGUGGUGGAACUCAUCACGAUAAGAACAAGGAGGAUAAAGGCAAACUGUUGUGCAAAAGUCUUGAGGGAAAGAAGUAUUUAAUUGUACUUCAUGGUUUACAGAAUUUGGAGAUUUGGGAGGCUAUCCAGAAAUACUUUCCAGAUGAUAAAGUUGGAAGCCGAAUCAUCGUUAGUAGUGUUUUAAACCCUGGAAGUUCACAGAGAUCAACACCAGUAAAUGAGGAUAUUGUGGUGAGUCUUGAUGAGGACACAAGUAAAAUCAUUGAUCAACUCAGCAGACCACCAUCUCGAUUAUCAAUCGUCACAAUCACAGGGAUGGGCGGCAUUGGUAAAAGUACACUUGCCAAAAAAGUUUUCCAUCACCCCGCGAUUGUCCAUCACUUUCAUUCUACUGCAUGGAUCAGUACUGUAUCUAGCAUUGAUCAGGUGUUGUUCCAUCUCUUGCAAAUCAAUGCUCCUUCCCGUCGCUUUCAGGCUCUAACCAUUGAGGACAAAGGUCUACUCUUGUACAGAAGUCUGAAGGGAAGAAGGUAUCUUAUUGUAGUAGAUGGGCUGUGGAAUUUUGAGGUAUGGGAUGCUGCCCAGAGAUAUCUUCCUGAUGACAAUGUAGGUAGUCGAAUCUUAAUAACCACUCGCGUCAUGGAAUUUAUCCCCAGCAAUAGCAUUCCUACGAAUCCUCCUCACUGUAUGGAACCUCUAGAUAAACAUCAAAGUUGGGAACUACUGGAAAAGCUGGUGUUUGGUCAGGAGAGCUGCCCUGAAGAACUAAAAGCUGUUGGAAAGGAGAUUGCCGAAAGAUGUGGAGGGCUACCGCUGGCAAUUGUUGUUAUUGCUGGUAUUCUUGACGGCAUCCCCAGGUCGUUUUUCUCUUGGUUGAGUAUUAGGAUUGCUGUAACUUCAGCUGUAUCUGCUGAUGCGAAACAGUGUCUAGACAUACUCGCUUUGAGUUACACUCUCUUGCCCGAUUACUUGAGAGCGUGCUUCCUUUACAUGGGGGUUUUUCCCGCCAAUCAUCAGAUUGAGGUUGAAAAAUUACUCAAUCUAUGGGUGGCCAAUGGUUUCUUAAACUCCAAUUCCUCAAAACUUGAGGCGGAGAAAUACUUGAACGGUCUCAUUGACAGGAAUUUAGUUCAGGCCGGAAAGAGAAGUUUUAAUGGAAAAUUGAAAACAUGCUUCAUUCAUGAUCUUGUGAGACGGUUAUGCCUGAGACAAGCUGAGAAAGAAAACUUCAUGCAGGUUGUGGAGUCUAAUGCCAUUGCUAAUGAUUUAGAGAAGCAAAAACAUCUCGUUUUCAAUUUGGAAGAUUUGGAUGACUUUCAAUUAUUGCCUCCACUUCCCAAUCUUCAUUCUUUCAUAUGGCCUAAUCUUGGUUCUGAUUUCACUCCGGGUAUGAUCCUUCUCCAAUUGUCAGCCUUUAAAAGAUUAAGAGUGCUGGAUAUGUAUUUUGUGCCUUUUGAUAGUUUUCCAUCAGCAUUGCUGAACUUAGUCAGUUUAAGGUAUCUCGCUCUGAACGUAACUUAUGAGCUUGAUGCAUCAAUAUCUCAGCUCUUAAAACUUCAGACGUUGCUUGUCUAUGGUCCCUGGGUCUCGGGAAAAGGUGAUGGAACACCACCAACUCUGUAUCUGGAAUUUUGGAAAAUGCCUUGGCUCAGGAAUGUGUAUGUUAAAGUUCCUAGUUAUCUAACAUAUCCUUACCCUCUUCGACCACUAUUAGAUGGUGUUCAGGGACCGAGUAACCUCCAGAGUUUGUCCAAGAUAGCAUUUUCCAGCUGCACCAAGGAGGUUUUCUUGUUAAUGGCCAAUCUUAAGAAACUUGGAGUGUCUGAAACUGAAGAGGAUUUCAAGAAUGACGAGUUAACAAAAUGCUUUCAGAAUCUGUCUCUCUUGACUGAACUUGAAACGUUAAACUGUUCCUUAUACAAAGGCAACAGAGAAGCAAGAAUUUUGGAUUGGAAUGCUCUCCCAAUCAGUCUUAAAAAGCUGACAUUGGAUGGCAGUCACUUGUCAUGGGAUGAAAUGACGUCUCUGGCCUUGUUACCCAGACUUGAGUCCUUAAAGCUUAAAAAUUAUGCGUUCCAAGGAUCAAACUGGGUGGUAACAGAAGAGGAGGUAUUCGGUUCACUCAAGCAUUUGUUGAUUGACAACACUGAUCUUGCAAAUUGGGAAGUUGAAACUACUGAUAACUUUCCACGGCUCCAACGGCUGGUUCUCAGGUCCUGCGAGUUCUUGGAGAUGAUCCCUUGUGGGGAACUUAGUGUCCUUGAGGAGAUUGAGUUGCACCAUUGUAGUGAAUCAGCAAAGAAUUCAGCCGGAGAAUUCGAAGAGCAAUAUGGCGGUCCAAAGGUGGUUACUGGGAGUUACUGGUGAGCCAAAUACUGUAUAGAAUAUAGACCUCUUUAAAACUUCAGACUGUGAUGUUACUUUUGCUAUAUGUAACCUUUCCUCUGCGUUUUUUGAGCAUACCUGUCAAAUGUUGUAAUCAGUUAAUGUAACUUUAGUAAUGCUGCAUUGAAGGUGAAAAGCGCUGAUACUAAUAUGUGGCCUAUGUGGUUCAUUUAUGUUAUGAAAAUAGAUCAAUAAACUUGUCAUUUUUCGUUGUUUUAGAUUAAUGGAG